AUGUGUCUGUGCCCUUGUCUGUAUACAAAUGUAUGCCUUUGUGGGUGUGCUAAUGUGCAGUUGAGUGUGUCGCUUGGGCUAGACUUAGACCUGAAGCAAAACGAGUUGUUGCCGAACCUCGUUGGUUGCUGGGUCAACAGAUUGCUGAAAAUAAUGUUGCUGAAUGCUGGAAAUCUAACCAUCCUUCAAGCUCAGGGCCUCAAUCACGUCCCAGAUAGACUGAAAAACUCUGAUCGUCCAGGCGAGAAGUUGUCUGUCUACGUGUGCACGUACACACUCGAGGGUGUUCGUAUGGAAGAGUCUAGACACGAGCCCCGCAGAGAAAAGAAACGAUGCUCCGAAAUCACGACUUAA